ACACUACUUGCGGCCAUCAUGCUUCCCUCAAUUGUGCUCUUUGCAGGUUUCGUCAACCUUGUGUCCAGCGCGGUUGUGAACGAUGUACGACCCCUAGUAAUAUGGCAUGGCCUCGGUGACACCUACGCAUCUCCUGGUAUGGUCCGCUUUGAGAAUGAAGUCAAGGAGAUGCACCCCGGCGUCUUCGUUCACUCCAUCUUCAUCGACGAAGACCCAAACGUAGACCAGCGUGCAACCUUUUAUGGCAAUGUGAACCAACAGAUUGUGCAAGUCGCCCAGCAACUCGCUGAGAUCCCCGAGCUCAGCCGCGGUUUCGAUGCCAUAGGAUUCUCACAAGGAGGUCAAUUCCUUCGUGGCUACGUGGAACGUAACAACAGCCCACCCGUGCACAAUUUGAUCACCUUUGGGUCACAGCACAUGGGUGUAUCGGAUCUGCCAGCAUGCAAACCGAUGGAUCUACUUUGCCAGGUCGCGCGCCGAGCAGCGAACAGUGGCGUGUAUAGCGAAUGGGCACAGGAGCAUCUUGUUCAGGCUCAGUAUUUCAGAGACCCGCAACGGCUCUCGCAAUACAUCUCGUCAGGGAGCUUUCUGCCGGACAUCAAUAAUGAAGUCCUGCUCCCAUCUUCUCGUAAUGCAUCAUAUGCGGAUAACCUUGCCUCGCUGAAUAAGCUUAUCCUUGUCCUCUUCCUCCAAGACAAAACUGUAGUCCCAAAAGAGAGCGCAUGGUUUGGCUCCGAGCAACCUCUCGAAGAUAUCGCUAUUGAAACAUCUGGAUCCGAUCAGACGCCGAUGCUCAGUUCACCGAAUACCAAAGACAUCAUCCCGAUGCGUCUACAAACCCUUUACAGAGAAGAUUGGAUAGGUCUUCGACAACUUGACGAAAGCGGCGGAAUUGAAUUUGUAGCUUGUCAGGGGGAGCAUAUGCAGAUUGGUGACUGUUGGAAAGACUUGGUUGCUAAGUGGGUGGGAGGGUCUUUGAGCGCGAACUGAGGCGCGUCAUGGCGCAUCCCGCCUUUGUGACAGCACACUUGUUUGAAUUGCACGGCGGACCACUAUCGAGAAUGGCUUCGAUGUGUUCCAUAUAUGUGGGAGUAAUUAACAGACACGACUUCGCGAUUCGUUCCACUAGUUGUACAUAACAUAUCGUCGCACAAAAUAAUAAUUAUCGUGUCACUUGGA